AUGCCCCGCGCCGAGCCGCCGCGGUUGCCAGGCAACGCACCAUCCUUGUCGCCGGUCGCGUUGAGUUCCGCUCGGCCAUGGGGCCGCAGCGCCUCCCGCCGCUCCUGCUUAUGCUCCUGGAUUGCUGGGCCUCCGUGAGCGCCCAAACCAGGGCAACUCCGCCUGUGACCACGGAAGGCCUCAACUCUACGCAGGCAGCCGGGACGACUCUCCGACCCGCCUUGUCUCCUAGGCCCUCUGGAACCCCCAAGGCCCCCGUGCCCUCCACUGGCCCCAGGCCCACCCCGGUCACGGACGUUGCUGCUCUGUGUGUCUGUGACCUGACUCCAGCACAGUGUGACGUCAACUGCUGUUGUGAUCCUGAUUGCAGCUCCAUGGAUUUCAGCGUUUUUUCUGCCUGUUCAGUUCCGAUUGUCACGGGCGAUAGUCACUUUUGUAGUCAAAAAGCAGCCAUCUACUCAUUGAAUUUUACAGCAAAUCCACCUCAAAGGGUAUUUAAACUUGUCGACCGGAUUAAUCCAUCUAUAUUCUGCAUUCAUAUUACAAACUAUAAACCCGCGUUAUCCUUUAUUAAUCCAGAAGUGCCUGAUGAAAAUAAUUUUGAUAAAUUGAUGAAAACAUCUGGUGGUUUUUCCUUGAGUUCAGAAUCAGAGAUUUCUUUCGAAACCCAGUCGGACAUUCCAGCUACUGCUAAAUAUAAGUAUGGGGCUCGUCUGCAGACUUCAGAUUCAUUUUUGAGAUUUCCCUCUCCCCUUAUGUCAUCUCUGUGCACUGAUGAUAACCCUGCAGCAUUUCUGGUGAACCAAGCUGUUAAGUGCACCAGAAGGAUAAAUUUGGAACAGUGUGAAGAAAUUGAAGCCCUGGGCAUGGCUUAUUACAGCAGCCCUAAAAUUUUGAGGGUGCCUGGUUUAAGAACAAAGGCAGAGAUCCCUAUCACUGUUCAGUCCAUCCUCAUUCAGUCUCUGAAUAAAACACUAACCCGACUGGAGGACUCGAUCGUAUUGAACCAGACUCUUGUUGAGGCUGGGGAUGUUAAAAUCUGCACUAAUGUCGUUCUUGAGGUCAAGUACAGCCUCACAUACACAGAGGCAGGGGAGAUAGCGCAGGCUGGCCUUGCUCUCCUUCUGGGGACAGUGAGCGGGCCAGUGGUUCCACUCGAGCAGAAGUUUGAAAUUCAUUUCAUUCAGCAAAAUACAAAGCCAAUUCCUCUCAGUGGAAACCCUGGUUAUGUUGUGGGGCUCCCAUUAGCUGCUGGAUUUCAGCCUCAGAAGGGAUCUGGGAUUAUUCAGACCAUGAACAGAUUUGGACAACUUACUAUUCUUCGUAGCACAGCCGAGCAAGACUGCUUAGCAGUCGAGGGGAUCCGGACCCCAGUAUUAUUUGGUUAUGAUAUGCAGUCUGGCUGUAAACUAAGACUGCCCAAAGCCAUUACAUGCCAGCUCGCAGUGCAGAAAGUGAAAAGCCUCCUGAAGGGCCAAGGCUUCCCAGAUUAUGUGGCCCCUUUUGGAAAUUCCCAGGCCCAGGAUGUGCUGGACUGGGUACCGGUCCGCUUCAUCACCCAGGCAUCCCACAUGAAGGAUUCUUGCCAGCUCCCGAUGGCUUUGGUGAUAGAAGUGAAGUGGACUAAAUACGGGUCCUUACUGAAUCCACAGGCUAAAAUAGUAAACGUGACUGCAAGUCUCCUCUCAUCCUCCUUUCCUGAGACCAACUCAGGAAAUGAGAGGACGGUUCUCCUUUCCACUGCGGUUGCUUUUGUGGAUGCAUCUGCCCCUGCGGAGGCAGGCUUCAGAGCUCGGCCAACCAUCAAUGCCAGGCUGCCGUUUAAUUUCUUCUUUCCGUUUGUUUGACGUAAGUUGUUAAUCACCUCUAGAAUUGAGUGCUCUGGGGCCUGGGCUCCCUUGGACACAUCCUGGUAUUCUACCUCCGACCCGUGGGGUUACCCUCAGACCACACACUUCCCCUCUUCACUCACUCCCCUCCUUUUGGAAAUUUUAUUCCCCUUGGUUUGACCUUAGAAUGGGGCACCAUCUGGUCUUGGUGAUUUCCAGUACUGUCAGCCAUGUAGGUCAUGUGCAGAAACCAAAUUGCACCUUUGGGAAGAUUGUAAAGGGGACAGACCCAGAAGUAGCUCAGGUGUUGAGGGUUUAUCCAGUUUAUGCAUCCUCUUCAAUGUGAGUUCUUUUUAAAAUACUCAUUGUAGUUCAGGUUUUCUUUCUUGUUCAGGCCCCAUGGAAAUGAAUACAAAAAUAGCAAAGUAUUGUAUGUGAAAUCAUGCGUGCGAGUAGAGUACUCGGCCUCAUGAGGGGAUCUUCCCCCAGCGUCAUCUUCAUUACAUGGAGUCUUGGGUCUAAUUGCUGUUUCUGUGGCAGGCACUGGAGCUUUCCAUCUCGUGGUUUGUAUGGGAUGCUACAGAGCGGUUCCAAGCAGUUGAUGCUGGAAAGAAUAGAGUAGGAGGGCCCGAGGGAAGGAGUUUCUUUUAUACGUUAAUUGUACAGUAAUUGAGAAAAACGUUGUCAGGUGGCAGAACAAGGUAGAGCCAGUUAGAAGCUGGAGGCUGCAGAGGAGGGGGCUGGGUACCUGAGAACAACCUCUCUGGGGGAAUCUGCACGAAGAGGAGCUGUUGAGACCAGCUUAAGAAGAUAAGACUUUUCUAGAAUGGGCUAGUAGCUAAGGUAGCUUCCUUUUUUUCUUUUGUCUUUCAGAAUGCUCAUAUGAAAUGAUGCACUGGUUCCUCAUACAUGCGAAAUGUGAAAAGUACAUUUGAUGAGAUUAAAUUUUAUAUACAAGUUGU